AUGGCGGCGCCGAAGAGGUCCGCCUUCGAGGACCUCCAGAGCUUCUUCGAAGAGGCCGACGGUGCGUUCGAUCAGAUGGACGCCGAGAGGUCGCACGUGAUCGGCUGCCUCAGGAAGGUGCUCGAGGACUCUGGCCACGUGGAGGUCGUCGACGUCGACGCUCUGGAGCGCUCGGUCGACAACGUCCUGCGUGAAGGCGACGCGAACUCCGCGGGCGACGCGCCCAUGCCCGACGGCGCGGCGGAACGCGUCCAGCAGCUCAUGCUGCGGGAUCCAGAGUUCGCGCGGAUCGCCUUGCUCAUGGUGAUGAGUCCGCUCUCCGUGGACUGGAACGACCCCGCCGUCAUCAACGUCGAGAAGACGCUGAUCUUGGAGUUCCAGUGCCACAAGAAAUUCAGGCAGCGGGGGCCCACGGAGUGGAGGGGCCAAGCCUGGAGGCAGAACAGCGGUCGGUGGGGCUCCCGCGGCGGCCGCAGCGUGCGGCUUGCCGAGUUCCAGGCGAAGUUCGGCAAGGAGCGAGGCACGGAGGCUUUCCUCGAGGACGAGGACCGACGCCGCAGCUUGCGGCAAGACAGCUUCGUGGCGAAGUUCGGCAUGGAGCGAGGCACCCAGGCCUUCCAGGAGGACGAGGCCGCUCGCGCGAGCAAGUCCAAGGCGGUCGCGCGCAUGAUGGCCGCCCCACCGAAGGCCCACCAGCCGAGGAUGGUGCUGCCGACGGUCGACCCUCCGACCAGCAAGGCGCGCCCGACGCCCAAGAUGGUCGCGCCCGUGCCGAUCGCGCG